AUGGCCGCCCCCCGCAAAACCAACACCAUCAUGCCCACUACCCUCAUUCCCCCCAACCCACCCAUCCCCGACCCCUUUGGCACCAAAAAGCGCACACGCACCACCCGCGUCACCACCAGCAACGCAUCCACCUACCACUCCAACCUCUCACACCUGCUCAAAAAACAAAAGAUCAUCCUCCAUGACCCUAGUACAUACCCUGUUACCAAAUCCCCUCCACGACCCCCAAUACCUCGUCCCGAUCCUAAGCUAUUGGAUAGUGCGGUGAGGUUGGAGAUGGAGCGGAGACAGUUUCAGCCUUUGAGUAAGGAAUGGUUUUUGAGGGUUUUGGAGGAAAUGUAUAAGGUUGAUGAGAAGAGAUGGAGCAAGUGGGCUGUGGAUAUGGAGAGGAUGAAGGUUUUGAAGACUGAUUUUAGGUAUUUGAUUAAGGCGACGGAGGUGGGGGAUAUAGUUUUGGCAAAUGGGGAGGUUUUGGGGGAGAGUUUGGCGCAUGUGCCGUUGACGAUUUUGGAUUUGUAUAUUUUUCUGGCCUGCGAAUAUAGGAAUAGAGCAAUUGCGAGAACGCUCAAAGGCGGCGAUCUAGCUGGCGAUAAACCUACCACACAAAAGCUCAGCUGCAUAUCGAUCGACACGCAGAGAAUCUAUUGGCAUCCCGAGAAAGGUAAGGUUAAUUAUGAGGUGGGUCCCGGGUCCACAAAAAAGAAACAAUGGAUACCACAAGACUUUGCCCUGGCGUGGGGAUUGACCCGAGAAGCACUAGCGCAAUAUGACGACGACACAUUCAUGAAUCUCGACUAUGUACUCAUACCCUUCGAAUACAAAUCCUACCACACGAUAGUCAUCGGUAUAGCCCCCAAACAGCGUUUUUGCUUCCACAUCGACAACAGCGGAAUCACAGACCCACGACCCCAAAAAAAAGGUAUGGACGAGAGUCAUCUGCAACAAUUUCACCAUAACAUCUUCUCCAUGAAUAUCCUCGAAGCCAUCGUAUACGAGAAAUUCAAAAAGAGAAUCUUGGAUACCGAUGGACUGCCGUUAUACGGACAAUGGCACUACCGCACCGACCACGCAAUUACGGCAAGCAGAACCACAGACAAUAGUCCCAAUGCGCCACGCCAACAUGAUGGCUUCAACUGCAGCAUGAUGGCACUAACCUCGGCUACGAGCCUAAUCUUCGGAUACGACAUGAUGUGUUGGAGCAACCGGGACAUGAACAACGCACCUCCCCGCGUUGGGAAGAGAACGCGCGUAGCAGCCGAACUCCUAAAUGGAGGAUUCUCUAAACCUUUCGAUUACCCACUCUUCAAGAUCCCGCGCAAAUUACAGGAGAUUAUCAUGGAUGAAUCGUAUAAGCAGAAUUUGAGACCGCCGCCGCCUCCAAAGGAGGAGCCGGAGGAGAUUUCGAGUGAGGAGGAGAUGAGUGAUGAGGAUGAGAAGGAGGAAGAGACGUCGCCGCGCCAAAGGGGGAAGGGUAAACCGGGUCCUGGUAAACCGGGUUUGGGGAAGCCGGGUUUGGGUAAACCGGAUUUGGGUAAGCGGAAUCUGAGGAAGCCUUCGAUAAAAGCAGCACUAAGAAAGCCAGGUGCAUCUAAAACAUCCAAGACAUCCCAAGCGGGGGCACGAACCAAAGUGAAGAAAGUCGAGAAGGGCAAGGGCAAGGGCAAAAAAGUUGUAUGGGCCGGACAACCCGCAUCAGACCCGGAUCCCACCAAACCAGAACCACCACCCGAUCCCAAUUCCGAUCCCACCCCAUCAGGAACUGGAUCCGCAAGCAAUGAAGAACCCGUACGAACCCUAUGGCCCGUCCAAAUGGAUCCUACUCGCACAGGGAAAUGCGGCAUGAUAUACCGCAUCAAAAAGCCAAUGUUCACGGAUCCGAGAUUUGACGAUCGGGAGGAGUGUAUAAGGAAGGCUAUGAUGUAUCGUAUGGUGGGAUGGGAAUUGUGGGAGCAUAUGCCGUUGCAUUUGUUUAAGGCUUGGAUGGAAAAUGUGAUGGCGGGGAGAGCUGAUGAAGAGUUGAUUCCGUGGAUUGAUGCACUUGAGCUUGAUCAUGUUCCUGAGCCUCCCGAGUUGGCGCCGCGGUCCAAUCGGACUUCAAGUUGA